AUGGCUUACUUCUGGAUCUUCGUGAUUCUUUCCUGGUUCGGCAGUGUCAGCCUCCAGUACAUCAACACCGCCGGCCAGGGAGCGGAAACCCUCCUGGAUCCGAUCGACUCAUCAAUCCACUACCCUCCGCUGCCGUACGUGAAUUACUUCAACAUGCCAUUUCCCAGGAGCAACUACGACUCAUUCCCAAACGAUGAAACUGAUCAGGCUUUCUAUUCUCAAGGCCAGGAGUCACUAGAUUUUCUAAGGAAACGAAGAACAGUGGUAGAAGAUAUUAAGGAAGAGAACAAAGAAAAACGAUGGUUACCAGAUUUAAUCGAUAGCGACAAAACGAUUUAUCUGCGAAAUGAUGGAAACGUCAAUCCUUUUAUCAUACAAGCAUUGGCCAAUGCGUUGGAAGGAAAUGCAAAUGACAGCGACGUGGUCCAGACGAAGGAGGAUAAGCGUAGCUUUAGCCCUUGGGGCGGAAAGAGGGACAAGCCUCUGAUAGAGCAUACCUGGACUUGGAAACGAUCGCCCGGAAUCCGAGAGCCGAGCAUGCCGAAGAGAGUACGUUUCAGUCCCUGGGGUGGUAAGCGGAGCGGACAGAUGAUUUACAAGCCAGGAAAUAAAAGCACAAAGUUGAUCUUCUCAGCGUCAAUGCCAGAACUGACUCGCAUUAUAUCCAACUAUUCACCUAACGGCAAGAGUUUGGAUGUGGCUGGUUUCCAAUUUGUGCCAUCUUUGGGGAAACGGCAUCCAAUCAGGAUAUUGGCUUUGAGUACCAACAUGGAUGAGAGAACGCUUCGUGACGCACUACCGUAUAACACGUUCAUGGAACCGAUGCCGAGGAUCUACAAACCUGGUCAUCCUUACUCGGAUGUGAACCUAAAAAAGGACGGCAAAAGAAAGGUUAAAUUCAGCGCGUGGGGCGGCAAGAGAUCUCCACCCAUCAUCGGACCGAUAUGGACGCCAGCAUCUCAGGACCUCCAGGAAUCCACGUUGAACACGAUAGUGUUGGUACGAAAACAGGACAACGAAGCGAAAAAUUUGUAA